CUAUUUUUUACAAAUUUAAACAUGGCUGAAUCCAUGGAAGAGCAGUUGCUGGAAAAUGGAGAGAACAGAAGAUGGGUUAUAACGGAAACUUAUUGUGAAGAACUAAAGAAGUUGAGUUAUAUAGCAGCACCAAUGGUGGCAGUUUCUGUGUUGCAGUAUCUAUUGCAAGUUGUAUCAAUGAUGAUGGUUGGACAUCUAGACCAGAUAUCACUGUCAAGUGUUUCUAUUGCUACUUCUAUAACCAACGUUACCGGCUUCUCUCUUCUUUCAGGGUUGGUUGGUGGUUUGGAAACUCUGUCCGGGCAAGCAUAUGGUGCAAAUCAAUGGCAAAAAGUAGGUACUUAUACUUACAGUGCAGUGAUAUCUCUGAUUAUUGUGUGCAUCCCAAUCAGUAUCUUGUGGCUCUUCAUGGACAAGCUGCUCAUUUUAAUGGGACAAGACCCUGUAAUUUCAGUUGAAGCUUAUAAGUUUUCUCUGUGGCUUACCCCUGCACUAUUUGGAAGUGCAAUUCUUAGGCCCCUACUCAGAUAUUUGCUGAUUCAAAGUUUGAUUCUUCCAAUGCUCGUAAGCGCCUUUCUGUCUCUAUGUCUCCACAUAUCACUAUCCUGGUUUUUCAUAUUUCAGUUGAGACUAGGAAAAUCAGGUGCAGCUAUAGCCUUUAGUUUUUCAAUAUGGACUUUUGUAGCAUUACUUGUGGUUUACAUCAGUCGAUCGAAUUCUUGUGAGAGGACUCGAACUCCUCUGAACAGAGAUGCCUUCCUUGCUAUCGGAAAAUUCUUUCGUUAUGCAACUCCAUCCGCUUUAAUGGUUUGCCUUAAAUGGUGGUCACUUGAGGUGCUCACUUUGCUAUCUGGCCUGUUACCAAAUCCAAAACUUGAAACAUCAGUACUAUCAAUAUGCUUAACGAUUUCUGCAUUGCAUUUUGCUCUUCCUUAUGGAUUGGGAACUGGUGUGAGCACGAGGGUGUCUAAUGAACUGGGAUCUGGUAAUCCUCAGAAGGCUCUCGUGGCAGUUAGAGUUGCAAUGUUUCUUGCAGUUUCAGAGACAGUAGUGGCGAGCAUAGUAAUAUUCUUAUGCCGCGGAGUUUUGGGUAAAGCCUAUAGCAAUGAUGAACACGUGGUGGAUUAUGUUGCUGCAAUUACUCCUUUUCUGUGUCUAACAAUCAUCACAGAUAGCUUACAAGCAGUCAUUUGUGGCAAGUCUCCUAACUAGCUAUAUAUAUCUUUCGA